UCACUGCUUUUAUAGUAUUACUUGAAUCGUUAGCUUAAAAAAACGUUUCGUCGUACACUGUGAACUGUGAUAUUUUUUCUUGUUAUCUCAGGGAAGUGGCGCUUGUUAUUAUCCAACACAACGACUGGAGACAAGCCAUGCGCAAUAAAACCAAAGACGGUACAACUAUUAACACCCCAAUGAGGAAACUGAUCAAGAAAUUACCCGAGGUUGCAGAGAAAGUUUUUAACAGGUGCGUCAAGUCGAAUGGGUAUCCUGUGGACCAUCCACAGUACGGCAUCACACUAAGCUACGAGUUCCUGGAUGAUGUAAGUCACGAGUGGGCUGGUUUUAUGACCUCAGACACAUCAGAUCACGAGGGAUCCGGUGUGGAUACAGUGAUGUACAAAAUCAAAUCUGCCUUGCCAGAGAACGCCAGUAAACAGGUGGAAAUUAAAAGCAACCAUCCUUUAAUGCUGAUGGUCACGAAGGAGCGUGUUAAGCUUCUCAGUCAUCCCCUUGUCACCUAUCUCUUGCGUUACAAAUGGCGCAGUUUCGGUCGCUAUGUGUAUUACGGUCGGCUCAUUCUGUACGGGAUUUUCUUGUAUUUCCUGACCGGCUACGCCAUGCUCACCACCAAGAGCAUACCUAUAGCAGAGUGUCACGACAUACAGUGCACGUGCAACGUGACUUUUGCAGGAGGAUCGACUGGUAGCCAAAUUAUGUGGAGAACAAUUGGUCGGCCUGUGGUGCUUGUUACGACAUCUAUAAGCUUAUUUUUAGAGGUAAGUAAACCUUAUGUAGACGAGGUGGUUAAAUGAAAAGGAAAAGGAAACUAACACAAGCAAAGCGACACAAAGCAACGCAAAACAACCCAUGGCAACGCAAUGCCAAGCCUUGUAAAGCAACGCAAGAGAACGCAAAGCAACGCAACACAAAGCGGGCAAUGCAAAGCAACGCAACGCAAAGAAAAAGGAAACUAACGAAAGCAAAGCGACACAAAGCAACGCAAAACAACACAUGACCACGCAAGGCAACG